CCGAUGCCCGAGCGUUUCGCUGAGCUCAAGCAAGAGAUCGCAGAAUCCUACCCAAACUUCGAAGAGCGCGUCACCGAGGCUUGGCGACGUCUCCUUCCUGCCCUCGCCGCCUCCACUGAGCAGAUUGCCAAAGAGUACACCCAUAUUAUACCGCAAGUCAAUUUCGCAGACCUCGACUCCUUGAACGAAGAGACAAUCAACAAUAUCAAGCGCCGAGGAUGCGUUGUCAUCAGGGACGUUGUGGAAGAUGCUGAAGCAGCCGCUUGGAAGGCUGCGCUUCAAGAAUAUGUUACUGCGAAUCCAGACGUCCCAGGUUGGUUUCCCGACGGGGAUAAGCAAUUCUUCAUGCUGUAUUGGACCGGUCCUCAAGUAAAGGCUCGAGCCCACCCAAACGUCCUUGCGGCCACCGCUUGGUUGAACAAGUUCUAUCACCUUAAGAACCAAGAUAGACUCGAGGGCGUUGACCUUUCCACUCCUCUCACAUAUGCAGAUCGCUUCAGGAUUAGACACCCUGGGGUAGAGUGGCAACGCCAUCCUCCUCACGUCGACGGUGGUUCGAUCGAACGCUGGGAAGACAGGACCUUCAGACAGUGCUUUGCAGAUAUCCUGCGCGGCGACUGGGAGAACCAUGACCCGUACGACCUUGAGGGACGUCUGAAUGCUCGUAGCUCUUUGUAUGGACGACCGAACCAGGCAUCCAUUUUCCGGACCUUCCAAGGCUGGCUGGCUCUAAGUGAGACGGCUCCCACUGAGGGGACACUCAAAGUCUUUCCGGAUGUCCUUCUAUCCAACGCCUAUACUAUCCUGCGUCCUUUCUUCCGCCCCAAAGCUGGAGCAGUAAGUGGAAACCCACUGGAUGCGGAGAACUGGGAAUAUGAUAUUUCCAGUCCCGAGUUUCCUGGAAUUUACCCUAUCGACGGUGGCUUCACAGGCCCGCGCCCUAAUCCGGUCUUGCAUCCUCACUUGAGGCUCGACGAAACGAUGGUCUCCGUGCCAAAGGUUUACCCCGGCGACAUGGUCUUCUGGCACUGCGACUUAAUCCACUCCGUCGAGCAAGAGCAUACCGGAAACCAGGACUCAGCCGUGAUGUAUAUACCUGCUGUGCCAUGCACUCCGCAGAACUCAGCAUACGUCGAGAGGCAGAAGGAGUCGUUCCUUCAAGGGAUCCCUCCGCCGGACUUCCCGCGUGAGAAGGGGGAGGCUGGCUUCAAAGGGCACGGAUGUCCGGAGGAUAUAACGACCCCCAUCGGGAAGAAGGCCAUGGGUCUACCGAUCGAAGUGGCAUGAUCAUGAAGCUUGGUCCCUAUUCUGCGGUGACACUCAUUGGCACAAGCCGUAGAUAGCACUUCGUAUAUUAUGUACAAAAUCCACUUCAGCCGGUCGUCUUCUAUUCGUACUUUUCCUUUGCGACG